UGAGCAGCGGCCUCGGUUCGCUCCCUCCAGCACACGCCCCCAUGCGGGUGUCCCGGGUGGGCGGCAGCCGCCGGCCCCCCCUCCGGCAUGGCUCGCGCUCUCCGUCAAGGAGCACUGGACGGGAUCCUCUCCGACUUCGAAGCACUCAAGAAAUCAUUUGAGGCAGAGGAUGGGAUGAGGCGCCCGGUCCCCACCCGUGCCCUGCUGCCCCCGGACACCGGCGAGUGCCACCGGCCACUGCAUCCUGGCCACCCCCAGCUCGGGCAUGGCCCAGCCCGGCCCCCAGCUGGCUCAGCACCACCAUCUCCUCAGGCCGACCAACGGCACACCAUUGCUGUGUCGCCUCCUUCCAGACCCCACCGGGGUUUCUCCAGCAGUGACGGCGAGAGCCUCCGCAGCUCCUCCUCCAGCCUGGAGAGCCCCGCGCCCCCCAGCCACAGGGACCCCCCGGACCCUGGCCCCAGCCUGAAGAAGGUCCCAUCCCACGGCAGCGUCUUCCCGGUGGAGCUGGAGCAUCCCCUCGGUGGGGCUGCCACCAGCCAUAGCUCGCUGCCGGCGCUGGACCUGCACAUCGCCGAGGAGCCGGGAUGGGGACUCCCUGCCGGAUCCCCCCCGUGGGGCACUCGGAGUCCUGCGACCCAGCCUCACACACGCCAGCCUUCCUCCUCUUCCUCCUCGGAUGUGUCCCCCGCCAUCCCCCGCUCGCAGUUAAGCGUCAGCCUCAGCACCAGCCCAACCCCCGGCCCUUGCCACUCCCGGGGCCAGGGGGAGGCAGCCCUGGCUCCCAUCACCCUUCCUCAGCCCCCAAGCCGCCCCUUCAAGCUGGUGUCACAGCCACAGACGGUGCAGGUGAGCUCCCAGCCCGCCUUCCUCGGGGGGCUGGUGCUGGGGCCGCCCCUGGGGACCCCACAGCGCUAGUGGAGUCAGGGUGACCACCCCAAGUGCCAGGCUGGCAGGGCCACGGGACCCUGUGUGGUGGCUUCUGGCGAGGCUGCAGACGAUGGCUGGACUGCGGUGACACCAGAGCACGGAAGCAGCCCUGGAGUCCCAGGAGCACAGCAUGGACCGCCCAGCUGUGCUGGAGGAGUGAGGGAGGAGGAGGAAGAGGAAGAUGCGCCCUUCACCGUGGCCUCGGGGCCAGUGGGUACCAGCCUCUUUGGUUACGUGGGGAUUGAAGCUGUCUGGGAGCAGAUGAAAAUCAAAACCAUGAAGAUGGGAUUUGAGUUCAACAUCAUGGUCGUGGGGCAGAGUGGGCUGGGGAAGUCAACAAUGGUGAACACCCUCUUCAAGUCCAAGGUGAGCCCCAAAUCCUCACAGCCCGGCCAGGAGGGACGCAUCCCCCAGACAGUGCAGCUGCAGUCCAUCACCCAUGUCAUAGAGGGAGAAGGGUGUAAAGAUGAAGCUGACAGGACGGACACACCAGGGUUUGGGGACCAGAUCAACAAUGAGACUUAGCUGGGACCCAUCAUCAAGUACAUCAAUGAAGCAGUAUGAGAGAGGUACCUGCGUGAGGAGAUCCUCAUCGCCCGCAAGAGGAAGAUCCCAGACACCCGGGUCAUGGAGGUGUCUACUUUGUCCCCCCCCACAGGUCACUGGCUACGCCCACUGGACCUGGAGUUCUUGCGUCGGCUCAGUAAGAUCGUCAACGUGGUGCCGGUGAUCGCCAAAGCUGACACGCUCACCCUGGAGGAGAGGGCAGAGUUCAAGCAGAGGAUCCAGGAGGACUUGAAGACCCAUGCCAUCAGUGUCCCCCAGGAGGACUUUGACCAGGACCCUGACGACAGGGCACUGAAUGACAGGAUUCGGGAAAAGAUUCCCUUCGCCGUGUGGGGGCUGACCAGGAAGCACCAAGUGAAUGGCAAGAGGGUGCUGGGCCGCAAGACCAAGUGGGGCAUCAUCGAAGUGGAGAACCCGGCACACUGUGAGUUCCCCCUGCUGCAGGACCUGCUGAUCCGGUCCCACCUGCAGGACCUGAAGGACAUCACCCACAACGUCCAUUAUGAGAGCUACCGUGUGCGGCGGCUGAACGAGAGCAACCGGGUGGCACAGGGCCCCCGCAACGGGCUGCCCGGCAAGGAGGAGGGUGGCAGCCACCCCUAAGUCACCACCUGUCCCCCCCCUGGAGCCACCACUGGACCCCAUGGAGCCACUGCUAGACCCCUGUGGCAGUGCCCAUGCCCUGCCCACCAGUGGCUGUGCCUGGGGUGAGGAGCCCCCCAGGAGCACCAGGCUGGCCCCGGUCCCCGUCCCCAAGCUCCACCAUGGGUACACACACUCUGGCAUUGCAAGUCAAUCCUUCAGCCAUCCUCCUCCCCCUCUUGGAGCCCCCCUUUUGACGUGCCACCACCCCAGUGCUGCUAGGGCCAUGGGGUGACACCCUCCCAGUGCCUCCACCACCUGGGCACAUUGGGGCAGUGGCAGUGCCACCAGCGUGGUGACUGGGGUGGGCAGGAUGUGUGUCCCCUCCCCGGGGUCACCCUGCCCAAUGAUGGCAGCUGGCACAGCCGGACUUUGAGCCUCUUAUCAGGGUGUGGAGGUGCUGGGAGGGGUGCAGAGGUGCCUGGAUGGGAGGUGCUGCCCACAGGGGCAUCAGCGGGGGGGGCUACACCCAGCUGCUCGCCACCAUGCCACCCCCUGACAGAGCCACCCAACAUUGGGUGCAGCCCCCCAAACUCCUCAGGUGGACCCCACGGGUGCUGCCAGCCCCAGCACAGGGUGGGAAUGGGGGUGCCAGAGCAGCCCCCUCCCCUCCCUGUGGUCCGGGGGUGACUGUAGAGCCCCUUUGCCCCUCCCACCAUGGGCAGGGCUGGGGCACAGUGCCAACUCCCUGUCCCUGCCCUCCCCCAUCCCUCCCCACGGCCUCAGCCACCGCCAGGUUCAGCGUCACCUCCGGUGCUGGCCCCACGUCCGGCCUCACGUUAAUGAUCCGCCCACAAUCCACCCACUCGUGCUGCCACCAGCCCCCAGCUGCCCUGCUGAGCCGCGUGGCAGAGCCAGGGGUCCUUGGCAAGGGGGGUUGGGGGGCCUGGCAGCUCCCUGCCCCACACCCCACCCCUCCAGCCUCACACACAGAUAAGGGCUGCCGACAGCAC